AUGAAUAAUAUCGAUUCAUUUUUAAAAGAAAUAAUUCUCGGUGAUGAAGCUCGUGCUCGUGUUCCUUCUGAAUUUAUUAUUCAAUAUACCAAUAAUGCAAAUCCUCCAACAUUCUUUUUAACAAUUGAUUAUUUAUUAAAAACAAAUCAAGCUAAUCAUCUUUUUACAUUACCAUUUAUUCAACGUUUAGAAAAAUGGUAUCAAUGGUAUAAUCGUACACAAUCUGGUCCAAUACCAUUUACAUUUCGUUGGCGUGGUCGAAAUGCUUCAUCAAUAUAUGAACUUAAUCCAAAAACUUUAACAAGUGGUUUAGAUGAUUAUCCACGUGCAUCACAUCCAACUGAUUCUGAACGUCAUUUAGAUUUACGUUGUUGGAUAACAUUAGCUUCAAAUGUUAUUGGUAAACUUUAUUCAAUAUUAAAUAAUGAAAAAACAAAUAAAUAUUUAAAUUAUGCACAAUUACUUUCAAAUAAUGAUUUACUUGAUCAAUUACAUUGGUCUGAACAAUAUGAAAUGUAUGCUGAUUAUGGUUUACAUACAGAUUAUGUUCAAUUAGAACGUGUAUUAAUACAAAAACAAUCACCAACACAACAAUAUCAACAAUAUCAACAAACACAUGUGAUUAGACAGGUUAUUCAGCAAUCAGAUGUUAAUUAUAAAUAUGUAAAACAUUUUGGUUAUGUUUCUCUUUUUCCAUUAAUGACACGUAUUUUAAAUCCACAAUCAAAUAAACUUGAAAAAAUUUUAAAUGAUUUACAAAAUUCAACUUUAUUAUGGACACCAUAUGGUCUUCGAUCAUUAGCACGAUCAAGUUCUUUAUAUGGAAUGAAAAAUACUGAACAUGAUCCACCUUAUUGGAGAGGUGCUAUAUGGAUAAAUAUGAAUUAUAUGGUUCUAUCAGCAUUACAACAUUAUGCAAAAAUUUCUGGUCCAUAUUCUGAUAAAGCUCAACAUAUUUAUAAACAAUUACGUACAAAUCUUUUAAAGAAUAUGUUACAUAUUUAUAAUAAAACAGGUCAUAUUUGGGAACAAUAUGAUGAUAAAACUGGAAAUGGAAAAGGUAGUCAUCCAUUUACAGGAUGGUCAUCAUUAAUUGUUUUGAUUAUGUCGGAAUUAUAUGAUGAAUAA